GUUAAGCACCCAGAAUAUAGUUGGCACAUGUUUAAUCAGAAUCCAGAUGAAGCAUAUGCAAGACUAAUGCUAAUCCCCUGUCAAGGGGAUUUAAUCUGGUUAGCGUUUAGCCAUCUGUCUCUAAUCUCAGCUGACACAAGACAAAGGCUCAGAGGGGUGAAGUGCAGCAUGGCUGAGUGAUUCUGUUAGGCCACCAUGCCAGUGUUUUACAGCCCGAUACCCCAGAAUCUGAGAGUGGGUCUGGCAAACGCCAGUAGUGCCAUAUUUAUCAACAACAAAACAAGAGAUAGCGGUUAUCUGGGGGGACAUGGCGUUGAGAAUGAAGGUGAGUUUUCCAGCAAGGUUUCAUCUCACCUGCCUCUGCAGAUGCUUCUCUACUUCAAUAUGUUCUUCUUUCCUUUCUGGUGGCUCUCCGAGAUUGUCAUGCUGGACUUAAAGUUCACCCUACUGCCUGGAUACUACCAGUGUCUGAUGGUGGGUGGAAUGGUAAUAAUUAGCGCACUUGAGGUUCUCCGUGUGUACCUCGGCUACGUUGGGAACCUGAAAGAAAAGGUCCCGGAGCUUGCUGCUUUCUUGCUGAUCUCUUUAGCCUUCCAGCUGCCCAUCCUCCUCUUCUUCCUCACCGAUGAAGGCCUGAUCGUCCUCCCUCUGGAGCAAGCAGUGCACGCUCUGUAUCUGGCCUUCCUCCUGGGCGAGGUGUUGUCUUCAUUUGUGGCUCUGAGGGUCAUGACCAGGAAACUCACGCUGCAGUUCCACCUCAGGCAGUUCAGGCCUGUAGACACAUCCUCUAUGUUCAGCUUCUCUUGUGGAAACAGGAGUGUGUUACCGGUUCUCCCUACGCUCAGAGACGCCCAACCAAAGUGAUUAGACAUAGGUGCUGUGUUUCAUUUGAAGUUACCUGUCUCACUGGGCAGCAUUCGGACUGUAAAGGAACCCUGAAAGGCAUUGUAUUUGAGUCAUCAUUCAUCAUAACUUUUACCUCUGUGUCUAUGAAAACAGUUUAUUCCUAAGGAGGCUGGGAAUAUUAGUUUAUUCAGUUUUUCUCUUUAUAAUUUUUUUUAAAUAUUAAGGAAGGACAUUAAAUCGAAAAGUUCCCAGUUUAAACACUGGGUGUCACUAUCAACCGGACCAGCUUCCCUUCUCUUCUUUCCGCUUUUCAGAAACAAUACUGAAAAAAAUAUAUAGUAAUCUCACGUUAAUGUUACAGAGAUUCAAAGUAGACAUAAAUACCAAGGAACAAAAAAGAAUACAAAUACAGACUGGAAUAUCUAAGGUAGGAAUGGAGUAAUCAGGGAAUAUAAGUAGAGAGUCAAAUCUGUUAUAAAAUCUUGAUGAAACUGACUAUUUCCUGUGAACUUUGUAAAAACAGGCCUAAAAAAAAAAAAAAAAACCCUGUAAAAACUGUCAUUUGCCGACUUAAACUGAAAUGCAAUUGAAUAAACCUGGCCUUUACAUAUUGUGUACAUAUUAUUAGGACACAUAAAAUAUCUCCAGAUUUAUUUCUCCAGUCGGAGAAAAAUUUUGGCACCCUGCUCUCUUGCUAUGUUAAACUGUGUAAUACAUAUCAUGACCACAUGGGGGCGGAAUUAAACAAUUACACUUACAGCAAAACCCUACUGCCACAAAGCAUUCAUGGGAUGACUCAUCACGCUAGUUCUCAUGCGGCACACACACACACACACACACACACACACACACACACAAACUGCAGUAGGGAAUACCACUAGUGUCUGUGUUAAUCAUAGUAAAACCUUUAGUAGUAUGUGAGAAUGUGUUCUCUUUUUUUUCUUUUUUUUUUACUUGACAACUUUAGUACUAUGUAAAUACAGGUAUGUUGGGGGAAAAAAGGAGAUCCUCACAAAAAACACACACAAAAACACUUGACAUGGUGCUUUAUAACAGCCAGAGGUCAAGCUGUAACUUUAAGUUUUCUGCCAUGGGAAUGUCUUCAGGACAGAGGACUUUUUUUUUUUUUUUUUUUUUUUUUUUUAAUUAUUAUUAUUUUUUAAAUUUUGCGGUUUAUUGGCAAGAUGACAACCUGACUUUUUGUGAUAUUAACUUAAGAGAGAGAGAAAUAUAGAGGCUGGUGAUGGAACUGCUCUUUGUAGCUGCUAUAACGUAAGUGAUAACAGGGACUAACUUGUUUUGUGGACCUUCCGAAACAUUCAGCAUGAAUAAACUGCUAAAAAACAUACAGUGUGUCAUUCUUUAAUAAAUAAAAAUGGUAAUCAGUGGGCAAAUUCUACGAGAAAGUCUAAGAGGAAUGAAAUACUUCAUGACAUGCUGUUAUAAGGU